AUGAGGUUUUAUGAUGUCCAGGAUAAGAGAAUUCAAAGCCUUGACUUGUUCAAACCUUCUACUAAAGCUCAAGAUAUCCUCAUAGGAGUCAAGUCAAUUAUUGGAAGCAUCAAAGAGGCUCCCCAUUUCCUCCUUGACAAUGAACACAUUCAUACUGAGUACAGGAUUGGGUUUGACUCCCCUCUCAAAAUAUUGAAAUCUCUUUUUAUGAUCCAUAACGAAAGUGUCAAUGUGUGGACCCACCUGAUUGGAGUGAUCAUCUUUAUUGUGUUUAUUAGCUACACAGCAAUCAAACUUGGUCCGAACAUUAACUCUGACAUUCACCUCAAAGUCAUGGAGCAGUUCCACAGUAUCUAUCAUCUUUCUGACGACAUUUCGUUUUGUGACGGAGAGGAAAUUCAUAAUUCCACCGAGAAAAUAUUUAAAAUUUAUGAUGAAGGGAUCAAGAUUGACUCGCCGUCUUGCCAUCGAGAAGCCAACUUUGGACAUCACAACGAAGACUUCGAGUGUGCUAACACUGAGAGGACUUCCAACCAGACUUACUUCAACUUCGAUUUGCAGAACUCAACCACUAGCGAAGUAGAGCAGAACCUUGACUUCGUAUUAGACAGAGUUGAAACUUACAUUCAUUCUUUAAUUGAAGGAGUCAAGAUUCUGAGUCUCAAAACUUUGAGCAAAUACAUCGAUGAAGUUCAUGAAGGCGUCAAAGAUAAAUACAAGAGCAUGCGAAUGGUUACUCUAAAGUCACUGAGCAGCAAAGUCCCAGACUUACUCCAUGAAAUCGUACAGGAACAGAACUCAGGAAACAUGCCAGACAUUACGUUUUCGUCAUAUUUCGAGUCGCCAGGAGAAAUCCUGCAUGAUAUCACCAGGAUCCCAUUAUAUAUUCACAUGUUGUCUGCCGUCUGAUGUCUUGGAUGCAGUGCUAUAUAUCGCUUGUUCUUUGUACACUCUUCCAAGAUAUCUGAUAUCCUCUCAAGACUUGACUAUGCUGGCAUUGCCUUCUUUAUUGAAGGCUCUUGAGUGCCUCCGGUGUAUUACUCACUGUACUGCUCCAACUUUGACUUACUGAGACCUCUGUAUUUGUUGAUAACUUUCAUUGGGUGAUUCGGAGUAUUCACUGUCACAAUGAUUCCAAAGUUCAACACUCCAAAGUAUAGGCCAUUCAGAGCAUUGUUGUUCGUAGUUCUGGGAGUGUCAGCAGCGUUUCCAUGAAUCCAGUUCAUUUACUUCAGAGACCCGCUUACAAUGCCUGUGUUCCCAACAAACUAUUGGACACUUGGAGGAGCUACAUAUAUUUUUGGAGCAUACGUGUAUACAAUGAGGUUCCCAGAAAGAUGGUAUCCAGACAAGUUCGACAUGUGUGGCCAUUCACAUAACCUCUGGCAUUGCUUCGUGCUUGUGGCUGCAAUCGUCCACUACUAUGGCAGUCUUGAAGUGUAUCAUUUGAGAAGAAAUUUCGAGUGUCCAGUUUAG